UGAUCUUUGAAUCCCCGGCAGCUGAGCGUCCUAACAACUCCUUCUCUCCACCCAUCGACUACUAUGUGAAGUCGCCAAACCACAUUUCAGCGAAACAGCAGCGAGCACCACUCCGCCGCCGGUAAUAUUUUCCGAGAGCUAUAGCCCCUGUGGCCCUGUCUCAUCUUCGAUUUUGCAGACCCUGCGCCGGCCUCCCCACACUUCAAGUUGCCUGGAGGACUGUGAUUGUCCGCCCACGGUGCAGUAGUCGCUGCCUGCCAUGGGGAGUUACCAGCCUGACCCUACCGCCGUCAUGGGCGCUGCCUUUGACUACCAGCAAGGCAUGCUAGACCCAGCGCUGGUCAGCAAUGGCGCCGAUAUGACACUUUUUCCCGAUGGCUUGUCCCUCGACCUGUGUGCGAUUCCACCCACAACUUUCGAUGAGUUGAACUUGGUUCCACACAAUCUGGCCGGAGAAAACUCUGGCAAGAUCGACUCGCCUGACAAUAACAUGCCCGCCAACAACGCCGGUGCAGGGCCUCUACCAGCUGGCCUAGCGGUACCAAGCGCCCAUAAUGCCGGUAGUACCCUGACCGAAUUCACAAAGAGACGCAACUGGUCCCAGCGGGUCAUCGAAGAGCUCAAAGAUCUCAUGUAUAUUUUAACCCCGGAUGGCCGGCUUAUGUACGUCUCGCCCUCGGUAAAGACUCUUACAGGCUACGACGCGGCUGAAGUCGUGGGGAAGUCUAUAUCGGAUUUUCUGCAUCCCGAUGAUUCCAACUUGUUCAUUCAAGAAUUCAACGAAAGCAUUGCAACUGGAAACACUUUACGCCUCUUCCACCGAUUUCGUACAGCCGAGCAGAAAUUUCGAAUAUUCGAAUGUCAUGGCCACCCUCAUCUCACCCACGAAGUUGGGCAGUCAGAGUUCCCGGGCUUUCCUGUCAGCCCUGCUGGAAUCUGUCGAGGCUUUUUCAUGAUGGCAAGACCGUAUCCGACCAGGAAUUCGGAGCUUCUGGACUCUUUUCUUGAACACAAAAUAGAAAAUGUCCGACUUCAGGCUCGGAUUGCCGCCUUGAAGCGGGAAGAAGCCGAUGAGGCUGAUGCUCCGCAAGAGCACUACCACAAACAAGCAGCCACCGCCAGCUCCCGGACACCGUCUAUCUCUGCAGACAUGACGCCGGCAUCGCCAUCUGUAACUUCCAAGCAGGAUUUAUUGGAUUAUAAUAGCAUGCCGCCACCCGCCAAGCCUACAGUCUCAAAUAUUGCUCUUACCAGGGAGGCUCUUGACGAAGCACAGGCAUUUGCUCGGCCUGACAGCAUCCGGGACAAGAUGGCGAGAUAUGAAGGCUCGUCUCAUGUUGACUCCAUCGAGAUGAUGACCGGGCUACGGUACCGCGAGGGUGAGAGAUCGCACGGCAUAUCAACUGGAGGCACUUCACCUGCUCUUAUCCGCGGCGAUGCGGGAAUCCAAAUUCCUCUCGAAAAGGCCGAGUCACGUUAUUCCUACUCUGACAAAAGACAGAAGAAAGUCAAGAGCGCCGACGAAUACGUCUGUACAGAUUGUGGCACUCUCGACAGCCCUGAAUGGCGUAAAGGUCCCAACGGACCGAAAACUCUUUGCAAUGCCUGCGGUUUGCGGUGGGCGAAGAAAGAGAAGAAGAGAACCGGCGCGAGCGCCAACGUGGAAACGGCUUCUAAUGUCGCGAAUGUUUCCACGAACGGAGCCAAUGCAGCACCAACUCCAGCGCCUUCCGGUUCUACGCCCAUCAAAGAGUCGAGUUCGACUGAGUCGUGAGGCUAUCAACAGAGCUGGGGGCGGUAAUGAGCUACGGAGUGCGCGUGGAUUCCGGAUCCCUCGGAUGCUGGUACAUCAAUCUGGGCAUUUCUUGAGGGCGGCAAGCCGUCAUCAGCUUUCUGCUGGUCAAAACUCUCGUCUUAUCUGGUUCAAUGCGUCGAUGCGGCCAUCUUCAUCGAAGAGGACUCCGCCGGCACCAAGCUGGACAUUUCGCAGGGGCUCAUUGGCCCUCCGCCUGUACCAAGACGGCAUUUGCCCUCAUUUCCAACCACUCCGAAGUCAUGACAGAACCAGAAAUGCAGCAAGCCGACCGCUCAAAUGCGGUUUCCGCCCAGUGGCAAAAUCUUGAGUGCUUGGUGGAAGGCCUCCCGCUCCCCCUCUCCUCUCCGCCGUCCCGUCCGGCUCGUUUAUCCGGGUGGGCGCCCACCCGCCACUUCCGCCGUUGGCCCACAUCAACAGAACCACACGCGACAAGCCACAGCUGGUUAUGUACUUCUACAACGUACAAUACUAGCCACGAGGCAUGCUAUCCGUUUAGCCGUGAUAGUAAGGUAUGAUGUGGCAACAAACCGGCAUCUCGCAUAUAACUCCCUAGCAACAACACGCCUCUUCCUACACACCUAUGAUCACCCUACGAGAUGCUGCCAUGCCACGGACCGCCCGUGCCUUGUCGACCAAACCUUGUGUUGAUGUAAGAGGAUCUACCGCUCUCUCUUCACCUGGGGUCACUGGUUCAGCAACACCAGCACGGGACGCACGCCCCUCCCUACCCUCAAACGAACCAUCUUUCGGGGAUAUAUAACCGCAUGUGCGUCAAGCACAAAUACAUUUGUCCGUUUCAUUUGAUGUCAUAACGAAGACGAAACGAACACGACCACGGAUACGCACACAAACACGAUUGGCGAUGUCUUUCCUUUGUUCCUCUUUUUCUUUCUUUGCCCUUAUCUCGGCGGAGCAACGGCCAUGGCAAUGCCUUGAAUAGAAGCCUUGAGCGGUGCUCAGAUGUAUUUAUUUCUCUCAUUUUCUAGAUGUUGGCGUGGAGGUUGAUCUUAUGGUGACACUAUUGUUGCAUUGGCUCGCAAACGAAAAGCCAUGGGGGCGCGCGGGUGCUGGCCGCUUGUAUAUUCUGCGAGAUCUAACAUACCAUUGCUAGGUAUCUAACAUGCCGAUCAAUAGCAGAUGGAGACUAUGAUGAGACAAAAUCACGGUGUAGCACAUCAUUCCUGUUCAGUGCAGAGAUGCCUGAGACCCAGUACCUCCCUGGUUCUGUAGCAUAUUACACAUUGGACGUACAGGAGAUCCCCUUUUCUUGACCAUUUGGUCUCCGUAUCAUAAAAUCCAACAGACUGACAGACCCCUUCAGGUUUAC